AUGUCAGGCCUCAGUCACGCCUCCCGUCCCCCAUCCCCAAGGCCCUGCGGUGAGCUGGAUGGCCCCAACCCCUUCCACAGUGCCCUGACCCCCGGAAGGUCAGACCAGAGCUUCAUGGACCAGAGAGCCUUCAUGGAGCAGGUAUGCGAAUGCAGGGACAACGGCUACCUGCCUUCCUCCGAGAAGAUCGGCUCUGGGGCCUCCUCCAAAGUCUACCUGGCCUAUGCCACGCAGGAGCGCAUACAGCACAACUCCAAGCUGGCCUCUGCUCGGGGCAAGUGCCACACCACGGUGGCUAUCAAGAUCGUCUCCACCGCGGAGGCCUCUGUGGAGUUCUCCUGAAAGUUCCUGCCCCGUGAGAGCUCGUUACUCAGUGCUACCUACAAGCACCUGAACGUGGUGCAGCUCUACGAGACCCCGAGCAGCUGGCGCGCCUACUUGGUGCUGGAGCUGGCGGCCUGUGGCGACCUGCUGGAGCACAUCAAUGCCGUGUCCGACCACUGCCGCUGCCCGGGGCUGGAGCAGGAGGCCCGCAGGCUGUUCUGGCAGCUAGUCAGUGCCGUGGCGCGCUGCCACAACUCAGGCAUCCCACGCAGGGACCUAAAGUGUGAGAACAUCCUGCCAGAUGACCGAGGUUUCCUAAAGCGGAGCCACUUCGGCUUUGCCAAUUGGUCGGGGCUUAAGAAGUCGCUGGUGAGCACCUUCUGCGGCUCUGUGGCCUACGCAGCUCUGGAGAUCCUCACGAGCAAGAAGUACAGCGGGGAGCAGGCUGACCCGUGGAGCCUAGGUGUCAUCCUCAACACCACGGUGACCAGGAAGCUGCCCUUCAAGGAGAGCCAGCCCCACCGCAUGCUGUACCUGAUGCGCUGGGGCCCCACCUUACGGCCAGGCCUGUCCCCAGAGUGCCAGGACCCGAUCCGAGGCCUGCGCCAGCUGCGCCCGCGAGCGCGCCUGGGCCUGCAGCAGGUGGCCGCGCACCACUGGAGGCUGCCCGCCGCGCAUGCGCUCUUCCGCACCGAGCUCGGUGGCGUCAUACCAGGUGCUGCAUGCCCACCAGUGUGGGCAGGUGGGCGGCUCCUCAGCGCCCCACCCGACCCUCCCACUGCAGUCGGUUGCGGAGAAGCCUGAGGAGUCCCAGCUCCCAACGUCCCCAGACAACGUGGAGCCCAGAGCGGACUCAGAUCCCCCAAGGCCGCUCCUGCACCUGUGGCGACCCCAGCAACAGGGAACCCCCCUUGAGAGUGCCUCUGGUCCGGCGCCCGAGCCCACGGAGUCUCCCCCGAGACGAGGUGCGACUCUGGAGCACGGAGACGGCCAGUCGCGC